CACCUACAUACUUCGUAGUUACAUCCUCUCUUUCUCCUCACUCUUUGCCCAGCUGCACAAGUCCUCCGCGUCGAGGUCUCCGGAGUUUGGUCAACGGCAGCAUCCCGUUCUCGAUGCGGUCGAUGAUAUACAAGCUCCAUCCGUGCAAAUAAACCGAGCUACCAAGCCCUGCAACCCAUGGAUGCAGCUCUGGUGAGUGCAGCAACAGGGGUGCUGAAACCCGUCCUGGGGAAGAUGACCACUCUGUUGGGCGAUGAGUACAAGCGUUUUAAGAGGGUGCGCAAGGAGAUCAAGUCCCUCACUCAUGAACUCGCUGCCGUGGAUGCUUUCCUCACGAAAAUGUCAGGGGAGGAGGAUUCCGAUAUGCAGGACAAAGUUUGGAUGAAUGAGGUUCGAGAGCUGUCCUACGACAUGGAAGACUCCAUCGACGACUUCAUACAACACAUUGACGACAAAGAUACUAAGCCGGAUGGAUUUAUGGAGAAGAGCAAACACUUGCUAGAGAAGAUGGGAAAGAUGAAGGCUCGUCGGCGGAUUGGUAUCGAGAUACAAGAUUUGAAGAAACAGAUAAUUGAGGUGGCCGACAGGAAUGCAAGGUACAAGACACGUGAGACUUACUCUAAGACCCAUGAGGCCUUCUCUAACACUAGAAAUGAAGUUGCUGACCCUAGAGCUCUUGCUAUCUUUGAGCAUGCAUCAAAACUCAUCGGAAUUGAUAAACCCAAGGCCGAGGUAAUCAAGCUAUUGACGGGACUGGAUGGAUGUUUGUCAGAGAAACAACAACUGAAGGUGGUCACCAUUGUCGGAUCUGGAGGAAUGGGCAAGACAACUCUUGCAAACCAAGUGUAUCAAGAGCUCAAAGAGAAAUUCAAGUGCAAGGCUUUCGUGUCGGUGUCGCGAAAUCCAGACAUGAUGAAUAUCUUGAGAACCAUUCUUAGUGAAGUUAGUUGUCAACCUUACGCUCACACUGAAGCAGGAAGCCUAGAACAAGUGAUUAGCAAGAUUAGUGAUUAUCUAACCGAGAAAAGUCGAAAUAUUACCCUCCAGUGGUCCAGAUACUUCCGUAGCAGAUUGGGCUGGUGUUGGACAAACACGCUAGUCUCUCUGAUUGAAUGAGCUCAAGAUGCUGUCACACUUGAUGAUGCCGUUCUGUUGGAUAUUACGGGAGAGCCUUCUGUUGCUGGCAUCAACAUUCCCAGUACAAGCUACAGCAUCUCUCUUAGUUACAUUAGCAUUGUACUGGUACGGGAAUGAAUGGUAUUCUAUCAGCAAAGUUGCAUGCUGGGUGCUGAAUAGACCUGCCUCUCCCCGAAAAGUGACUGCAGCUACCGAG